CCCACAGUUGAACGGGAGGGAGAUACACACGCGCUGCUCGUAGGGGUGGCGUGUGUGUUAGACCCCUGGCACGGUCCCGUUUAAAACUGGACGGCGCUCGUCGACGUGUGCCAGUCGUCCGCCAACAGCAGACCGGUGAGGAAGUACUCUCUCCACUACAUCUAGCAGUCUUCUAUUUUUUUUCACUCUACACCACUGACAUCUACCUGACGGUGACUCUAUCCUUUCCGGCAACCGGAAGACCCACAGACACAAGUGCACAUCGAAUCCGGCAGUACAGUUCCAUGCAGAUGUGGAGAAACAAGCGAGCGCUCAGCGAGAGUGAUUGUGAACACGAUCUCUACCUUGACGAACAUUCUAAUAAAGAUUGCUCUUCACCUGGAGAAGGUUUAAACGAAUCUUGCGGGACAGGCAGUACCGGAGGCAACAUGACACGCAAGAGGAGGCGCGGAAUUAUCGAGAAGCGGCGAAGAGAUCGAAUCAAUCACAGUUUAUCAGAAUUAAGGCGUCUAGUUCCAUCGGCCUUUGAGAAACAAGGUUCGGCAAAAUUAGAGAAAGCAGAAAUCCUUCAGCUCACCGUCGAUCACCUGAAAAUGCUCCACGCCAAAGGUUUGGAUUCACUGGCUUACGAUCCGCACAAGUUCGCCAUGGAUUACCAUAAUAUUGGAUUCCGCGAGUGUGCAGCGGAAGUGGCCCGCUACCUGGUUUCGGUAGAAGGGAUGGACGUUCAGGAUCCGCUUCGCUUACGGCUCAUGUCGCACCUGCAAUGCUUUGCAGCCCAACGUGAACUCAGCAACAAACCAGUGACUGCUGGCACGGCAUCUGGCGCCGUGACUUCGCCCGUUUCCACCGCCGCAACUCCAUCAUCUGCCGUCAACACUCCGGCCCCCAGCAACGCUUGGCCUUUCCCACCAACUCCCAGUGGCUAUGGUGGCGGACAUAAUGUCAACACUGUCCAGCAUCACAAUUUCAACAAUCAUCCGGCAAAUAGUUCGGGAGGUCAGCAAACCGGAACUCCCGGUCCUAGUAGCGUGUUUGAUCAGUCGGCUCACCACUACGGAAUGGAUAUGAGCAAUUCAUUCGGCCAUCCAUCGGCGGCCAAUGCAGCCCGUCUUCAUCAUCACACGGCCAUGCCACACCAUCAUCAUCAAGGAGGGACGACUAUGACGACGCUACAACCCGUUCAGCCAGGACAUCCUCACCAUCCGGCUACGGCUUCCUAUCCUCAUGUCAAUCAUCAUCCGUUCCCCACAUUGGCUACUCAAAAUGGCAGCUAUAGCACUUCCGGCAAUCAAGUCCGACCUUACCGGCCGUGGGGUGCUGAAUUGGUUUAUUAAUACUUACGCAUUUUUUGGAGGGGAUUUAUUUUUACUCCAUUAAUAUGUACAAAUGCUAAUCAGUUUAUUUGCUAGUCAGCAACAUCUUCAACGAGACCAAUAUGAUUGUUCAGUUGAAUUUCGAAUUUUUUCUUCUUCUAAAGGUGUGUGCCCCCGAAAACGUAGCAUGAGCUCAUAAGUCGCCUUCCUUUUUAAAAUGUUUUAUAAUACCAAGCAAUUUCAUGACGCAAUCUACGACAUUUGGAAAAAAUGUUUGAUGAAGUAUGAAAAUGGACCAAUUUUCUUAAUGUUUUGUGAUGACGAUCUCUUUUGAUAUGCAAUACGAAUAAUUCUAGUUCAUUACAAAAGCUGUAAAAAACCUU